AUGGCCAUCGUGAAGUCUGCAGAAUCAGGAAAUAUAGAAAUCAUCUAUAGUUUGUAUGAAGGGCACCACCAUAGCCCAGUACUCUGUGUCUAUUCGAGAAAAGCCUUCCGGCAGCUGGAAGAGCAAGGAGGGGUGAUCUGGAGAAUGACUGGUGGCCUCUUCAGCAUCACCAAGGGCUCUGUGAGGGCCACUUUAGGAGGCAUUGCCUGGGUGGGGAGCAAGAGUCUGGCGUUCACCAAAAUAGCCAUGACCAUGGUGUCCACCGCUGGCAUGGGGCUGGUGAAGGGCAGCUUGUCAGCUGUGAGCAGCGGUGUAGGAGCUGUGGGCUCCGCCACGGCUGGGAAGGUCCCUUUCACUACCAGGAAGAAGAAUAAGGCUGAUUAA